UUCAUUAUACAAAAUCUGAAAAGUCAAAUGAUUAACUCACGGUUCGUCUGGUCCAAACCGCAGGAAGUAGAUAUUUCUGACCAGUGAGAUGAAAGACAAACAUGACCUUACUGCCUCCUCAUGUCUCAGAGUUUUCUGUGUGUCUAUGUUUUUUUUCUCUUUACAGUUCAGCCUCGUGUGUCAUUCUCAACGUUUAUCCCAUGUUCUGACUCAGUUGUGUUGUUGAAGCAAUGACAAAUUUCUUUUUCAUUUUGAAGCGUUUCUACUAAUGAAGUGCUUUGCUCAGUGUUUGGUUUGUGAGAGGUCAAAUGUUUUCACUGUGGUUUGUGGUGUUUUUCCAUAAAACAACUCCAUACGUGCAGAUUUUAUGAUGUGUUCCUCACGCUACAGUUUUAAAAACACAGCUGCAAGAAUUUUCAACCCUAUGUGUGUUUUAAGUCUUCAUAUGUUUCGUUUGUAAGAUGCCGUGAAGUCAAUGCUGUUCAUUGACGCCCAGAAAAAGACCAAACUGAAAUUAGAAAUAAUCACAGGUGUGACGAAGUGACGCAGUUGAAAUUUAUGUCAAGUCGAUUACAUUCACUCUCGGUGAUGUGGAAGUGUGAACUUCUCAAGCCUUUUAUUUUGUAAAGCUCAGACGGAAGCGCGUGCUGCGUUCACGGACAGGCUGCCGGAGGAGAGAGCUGUGGCGGCUCAGUCAUGUUCCGGUCCUGGACUCGAGCCGUGCGCACUCAGCGCCGCUGCGUCCUCCACUGUGUCACUCACUCGCGAGUUCCAGCCAGAGGAGCGGCGCUGGACGCUGUGCUGUCCGAGUUCCGGUCCAUCUGUGGCGCCGACGGCGUUUCCUUGGGAGAAGCAGUGCGACAGCAGCACGGCAAGGACGAGUCUGUGCACCGCUGUCAGCCUCCAGAUGUGGUGGUGUUCCCGCGCUGCGUGGAGGAGGCCAGCGCCCUCGCCAGGACCUGCCACCGGCACAACCUUCCCAUGGUUCCCUUCGGCACCGGCACCGGACUGGAGGGCGGGGUGGGCGCCGUGGAGGGUGGCGUGUGCUUCAGUUUGAGGAACAUGGAUCAGAUCCUGGACCUCCACCAGGAGGACUUUGACGUGACCGUGGAGCCGGGAGUGACGCGGAAGAACCUCAACACCUACCUGCGGGACACUGGACUCUGGUUUCCUGUUGAUCCCGGCGCGGAUGCAUCACUGUGCGGCAUGGCGGCCACCAGCGCCUCUGGCACCAACGCGGUCCGUUACGGAACCAUGAGGGAGAACGUGCUGAACCUGGAGGUGGUUCUGGCCGACGGGACCAUCGUCCACACGGCGGGGAGGGGCCGCCGCCCGAGGAAAACCUCCGCCGGCUACAACCUGACCAACCUCUUUGUGGGCUCCGAGGGGACGCUGGGGAUCAUCACCAAAACCACGCUGCGGCUCUACGGCAUCCCGGAGUCCAUGGUGUCGGCCGUCUGCUCCUUUCCUUCCGUCCAGGCGGCCGUGGACAGCACCGUGCAGAUCCUCCAGGCUGGAGUUCCCAUCGCCCGCAUCGCUGCCACGUGUCUGGUGCAUCAGUGGGAUCAGUGGAGCAGGAACUCCUGCACUGACACAGAGUUCCUGGACGACGUGAUGAUGGACGCCUGCAACAGGUUCAGCUCGCUCUCCUACCCUGUGACUCCGACUCUGUUCCUGGAAUUCCAUGGUUCGGAGCGCAGCCUGGAGGAGCAAGUCGCCACCACCGAGAGCGUCACUCAGAGCAACGGAGGCGCAGACUUCCAGUGGGCCACGGACCCUGAGGCUCGGAACCAGCUGUGGAAGGCUCGGCACGACGCCUGGUACGCUGCCCUGGCUCUCAGACCCGGCUGCAAGGCCUAUGCGACAGACGUGUGUGUCCCUCUGUCUCGGCUGCCUCAGAUCAUCGUGGAGACGAAGGAGGACCUGAUAGAAAACAAGCUCACAGGUCCCAUCGCGGGUCACGUGGGUGACGGAAACUUCCACUGUCUGAUGGUGAUGGACCCCAGCGACCCGGAUGAGCUGCAGAGGGUCCAGCUGUUCACCGAGCGACUGGCCAGACGAGCGCUGGCCCUGAGCGGCACCUGCACCGGGGAGCACGGCGUCGGCCUGGGGAAGCGGCUUCUCUUGCGGGAGGAGCUGGGAGGCCCCGCCCUGCGGGUCAUGCAGAAGCUCAAGGUCGCGCUGGACCCCAGAAACCUGAUGAAUCCUGGCAAAGUGCUGCCGUCGAGAGACGCGGAGGGGACGACACACUGAGGCGCCUGUGAAGAAGUUCACUCUCUGAUGGACUCAAUGGGUGAGCGAGCCAGACAGUCAUCCAGAGCAGCGGCGUAUCCAUUAAUAUUCCUGUGAUCCAGCUACACGGGUCUGUGCUCGGCUAGUUGGCCUUCGACACUCUACUUUGCAGAACAAUGAUGACGUCACUCGUCACUCGAUUAGUCAGCCUGGCUGUGACCCGGCGAGGCUGUCGGCGGAGCACAGAGUCAUCAAACCUUCGCUGCACUACAAGUAUGGCUUUCAAAGCUACUGAAUCAUGUCUGCGACCUCGAACCAUGACGUGGAAUGGUUGUUAAAAUCAAUCACCCUGAAGUACAGAGAAACUCUUGGAGUCUCAACUGUACAGUGGAGGAAUUCAUAACCUUGGAUGGUCGCCCUCAUAAUCCUCAUAACAGAUGGACACAGUUCAGUAAAACUCUGUGGUUCAUGUUGACCUGACCCCAUUUUGGUGGCGAUGUUUGUUUGGCUGGUAGGGCGUUCUGUAGUUUCCCCUUUCAUUUUAGAUAUGUCACAUCCGGUCAUGUGACCAGCUCCUGAAAACUGACGUUUGGAGUUUAUUGAUUUCUGUCUAUACUUUGACGCCUACAUGAAGCAGUCAGUUUGUCAUUUGUCAGUUUGCUGUAACUUCCAUCAUAUACAAAGACCAGUUGAAUGUGAGCACAUUUCAACAUAGUAUAUUUAAUAUCACUUCAUAGCUGGAGACUUGACAGCUCCACUCGUUAAAAAGACAACUUCAGAAAGGGUGUCAGAAUGAGUCAGUACUUGACGUUGGUGCUGAGUAAUGUGCACUGGGAGGUUUUCAAUGUGAAAGUGGCUCAGCGCCAGUUAGAACUGUGUCUCACCAGCCGCCACUGUUGUGAUGGCUUUCUCAUUCAUCCCCUUCUCGUCUCUUGUGGCAGCGCUACUGCCCCCUGCUGUCUGUUUGGGAUCAUUGCAUUUUUAAAAACUCGUGCAGGACGGUAAUAUUGGGUCAAAAAAAGACUUGGCAGCGGUCCGCGCUCCCUGAAUGAACUUUAAAACUCGACCACUAGAUGGCGACAUCGCACCCUUUCUGACGAUAACGGCAUGUUGACUCAGUGGUGUGGUUUAAUCCGACGGGCGUUACUCACAUUAUGACCACCUGCCCGGUGUGUAGGGCUCAGUGAAGAUGGUGCAGAAGAGGAGAGGAAGACAAACACGGAGGUGUGAGAUGAUCAAGGCGGAUAUUUGUGAUCACACCGCAGUUAUUUCAUCUCACAACAUACGCACUUCUCUUUGCCCUGAAUCAGCACCAAAACCUCGCCAUAUAACCAGAAUAAAAAAUCAGAGAUGACGUGUUCAGGUGCUCACAACUGUCCACCGGCAGACUUGUGGACAGGGACAUGCUCCAAUCAGCCUCGUCUUUAACUGCACCUGAACGCAUCAUCCUGUAGCUUAGCAGGUGCAACACUGACGCUUUGACCAACUGAGAGCGACGAGUGGGUCAAAGUGGCCAUGUUCACCAAUGUGUUGCAAUGACUUGCGAGUCCACGCCCCCCCCGGUGGCCCCCAUUGUGAGGCCUCCAGUUGCUCUGUUUCGGGUCACCCAGUCCAAAAACUGUGGGAUUCAAACGUGACCCAACGUGAACCUGUGUGUGACCCACAUGUGACGGGCCAGGUGGUCAUAAUGUAAUCCCACCGCCAGAUGCGCCCGUCACUCUCUCUUGUCGACUGUAAUUUCCUGUUGCUCUCGAGUGUUGGGGCGACCUGAGCGCCUCUGCUGACUCAGCGUUUGUUAUCUGCGCGACAGCAUUUCGUGUGUCGACCCCGCCGUAUCAGCCGCGGUUAAUAUUUGCCACGGUUAUCAGCUGCUGCCACCGGCUCAGCACCUACGACCCUGAUGGGUGACUCCGGUUUCCUCCCUCGACCCAGAAAGCUCACCCCUGCGUGUGUGUGUGUGGCGAGCGUUUGUCGUCCUGCCGUCACCGUGGCAACGCCCCUGACCAAAUCCACCGGAGCCUUCUCGGCAGCGCGGGGCCGACGGGGUGGACUCGUGAGUCUGUGUGAAGAAACAAAGAGCGGCGCGGAAUCCAAGCGGCCUAAUUACACACAGAAGCCCACACACGGGAUUAGCCCAAGUAAUCCAAACAAAACAUGUCAGCCAGUUGCCUAAUCCCAAUAAUUCGACAUAUGCUGGUGAGUUUGUGCGCAAGUGACUCAUGACAACCAUCUGGUGACGUCAGGAGUUUCCCCCUGCAGCAGCUGCCUCCACAGUCCGUUUCAGUUCAGUUCAGGCUUUUUCUAUCUUGGAACCUCUCAGGUGUUGUAAUGAACCCCUACACUGGACCAGACGUCAGGUCACGGCUAAACUACCACAACUGACCUGGUACUUCUUCCAGUCAGUACGAUUUCAAUUCUAAAUGAAAAUGUUUAUUUUCCCCUUUUUUUUUUAACCCAUUUCUAUGUCUGUUUUUUUCUUUGCUGAAUUAAAAUACAUAUUUUUGAUGAGUCAGUCCCUCAAAACACAUGACGUUGUGUGGAAUAAAUACCUCGGAAUACUGUUCUGCCCUGUGUUCACCACUGAACAAAAAUGCAUUUCAAUCAUAUUGUCAAGGUGUUUCCCCCCCCCUCCAUCUUUUAUCAUAUUUUAGCAACAAGACAUGAGCUAGUCGUAAAAUUGUGGCUUCAUUUUUCUUAUUUACAUGUGUAUCUGCAGUUUUGGUGCCAAAAUAUUCACCACUUACUCAAUAGAUGGUUUAUGAUCACCAUGUUUAAAUAAAAAGGUAUAUGAAAUGAAAUAAUAAGGAAUGGGUUUAGUUGCCUUUCCUCCAUUCUCCCUGGUUUUAUGUCAUUAAAGUGAA